UUAAUUAAAUUUGACAUGAGUUUUAAGAUUUUUUAAAGAAAGUUGGUAAAAGAAUGGUUAAAAGUUGGUUCUACUUUUAUAUAUUAGUUUUAUAAUAAUUUUUGAAUUAUUUUAAUUCGAGUAUAAUAAACGGUGGAACCUCGGUUCUACCUUUUAAUUCUGAAAAUAUGUUUUCAAGUUUCUCAAAAUGUGUUUAAUUUUUAAUUUAUUACCACCAAUUAUAUAUAUUCGUUGUCAUCUACAUAAACUGAUGGAGUAAUUGUGUUAGACUCUAUUUUUGUUCAAAAAUAGAGAUAAAUUAAUUAAGGUUGUAGGAGUAGUUAUUAAAAUUAAUUAAAAGUUCUGUAUAUGGUCAAUAAUUAAUUUUUGGCAUGCGUCGUUCAUCUAUCUUAAAUUUUUAAUCGACACCCAAUUCAGGCCAACAAAUUCUAAUAGAAAAUUGAUGAAAUUUGAAUUAAGAUGGAUCCACAUAAUUUGGUAACAAUUGCUGUGUUAGAAGACAUUGCAAAGUUAAAUUAUGAAUUCGCCAUGUGGAUUUUCAAAGCAGGGUAGCUGAAGAAUCUUUUAAAAUUUUUUUGGAAUUGACUUCUCCUAAGUGGAUGGAAAUUUCCGAACUCCGCCAAUGAGAAUGCACACAAACUGUUCGAUGAAAUUACUCUUAUAUAAACCAAAACACAUCUCAGUCACGCAUCACCUCAAUCCUAUUCGACAGAAAACAUGGCAACUUCCAACGGCGGUGGCAACAAAUACCGAUCUUACUUGACCCCCGAGGAUCUCAAGACCACUCAAUGGAGAGCUGGACCUCCCGAUUACACCGUCAUCGAUAAGUUCUUCGAAGAAGGCAGAACCAAAAUAUGGCCAGCUGGAUCCUUCGAAAAGUAUGUUCAGCAUCUUGUCAAGACAUGGGAAAUGGAAUUGGUACAUAAGGCCAAUCCAGAUCAAUACAAAACACUUGAUCCCAAAAAAUUUGUUCUUGGCAUCAAUAGGAAGAAGUAUUUCACUUUGGAGGAAACUGGGAAGAUUGGGGGAAGCUACAAUGUGUUUCUCCAGACAUCACUGCCACCGGAAUUGAGGUUCUACGACCCUGAUCAGGAGACGUAUGAGUCGUCCCAGACGGCGUUCAGACAAGUUUUCCCACGAGGAUUCGCCCUUGAAGUGGUUCAAGUUUACUCGGGGCAUCCAGUGAUUGCAUAUAAGUACAGGCACUGGGGUUACAUGGAGGGCUCUUACAAAGACCUCCCUCCAACAGGGGAGUUGAUUGAGGUGUUUGGAAUGGCCAUUUUUGAGUUGAAUAAAGAAUCGAAGAUUGUGAAGAUCGAGUUCUUCCAUGACCGGGGCGAACUGUUGGCGGGCCUCCUUAAGGCCAAACCUUCGGAGGGUGUUGGCUGCCCCUUCAUGGCUUGAGGAGAAAAAUGAUGUGUUGCUUUUUGUUUUAUGGAUUUAAUUUGGAAAUAUGUAGGGAAUGUGUAUGUGUGUUGGCUUUUGAAUAAAUUUGUGAAUCAGGAUUAGUCUUGUAUUCUUCAAUUUGGAAAUGGAAAUCUUUGUCUUGCAUA